CGGACUCAGUGGCGGAAGUGGCGCCGCCGGGAGAUCCCCUUCCUCUCGGAGGCGCUCCUGGGGCCGCGGAGCCCGGCUGCGGCUGGGGCUAAGAAGAACUGGGGCCGUGGCUGACAUGCAGCAGGUCCAGCUGAUGGACGUUGGGGGCGUCCCAUUGCCUGCGGUCUGUCACAUCCCCUCCUCUGACUGCCACCUUCCAGAGCUGGGCCCAGCCUUCCUUCAGUACCCUCCAGCCGUGCUGCUGAGGCCCGGCCCUCUCUGCCUGGAGGUGGGGGCCGCCAGGAUGAGCAAGCUGUCCAGGGAGCCGGCCCGCGACCUGGAGCGCAGCCUGCCAGCCGUGGCCUCCCUCGGCUCGUCGCUGUCCCACAGCCAGAGCCUCUCCUCGCGUUUCCUCCCGCCGCCUCGCGAGAAGCGCCGGGCCAUCUCCGACGUCCGCCGCACCUUCUGCCUCUUUGUCACCUUCGACCUGCUUUUCAUCUCCCUGCUCUGGAUCAUUGAGCUGAACACCAACACAGGCAUCCAGAAGAACCUGGAGCAGGAGAUCAUCCAGUACAGCUUCAAAACUUCCUUCUUUGACAUCUUUGUCCUGGCCUUCUUCCGCUUCUCUGGACUGCUCCUGGGCUAUGCUGUGCUGCGGCUUCGGCACUGGUGGGUGAUUGCGGUCACCACGCUGGUGUCCAGUGCAUUCCUCAUUGUCAAGGUCAUCCUCUCUGAGCUGCUCAGCAAAGGGGCCUUCGGCUACUUGCUCCCUAUCGUCUCCUUCGUCCUCGCCUGGUUGGAGACCUGGUUCCUUGACUUCAAAGUCCUACCCCAGGAGGCUGAGGAGGAGCGAUGGUAUCUUGCUGCCCAGGCUGCUGUCGCCCGAGGACCCUUGCUCUUCUCCGGCGCCCUGUCCGAGGGCCAGUUCUAUUCACCCCCAGAAUCCUUUGCAGGGUCUGACAAUGAAUCAGAUGAAGAAGUUGUUGGGAAGAAAGGCUUCUCUGCCCAGGAACGGGAGUACAUCCUCCAGGGGAAGGAGGCUAUGGCGGUGGUGGACCAGAUCUUGGCCCAGGAGGAGAACUGGAAGUUUGAGAAGAAUAAUUUUUCUGACGAAUCUCCAUACUGUUUUCCAUCGUGGCUGCACCAACUUACAUUCCCACCAACAGUGAAGGAGGAAUAUGGGGACACUGUGUACACCAUCGAGGUUCCCUUUCAUGGCAAGACCUUCAUCCUGAAGACCUUCCUGCCCUGCCCCGCGGAGCUGGUGUACCAGGAGGUGAUCCUGCAGCCCGAGAGGAUGGUGCUGUGGAACAAGACGGUGACAGCCUGCCAGAUCCUGCAGCGAGUAGAAGACAACACCCUCAUCUCCUACGAUGUGUCUUCGGGGGCCGCGGGUGGUGUGGUCUCCCCCAGGGACUUCGUGAACGUCCGACGCAUCGAACGGCGCAGAGACCGAUACCUGUCAUCGGGCAUCGCCACCACCCACUGCGCCAAGCCCCCGACACACAAAUAUGUCAGGGGAGAGAAUGGUCCUGGGGGCUUCAUCGUGCUCAAGUCAGCCAGUAACCCUGGAGUCUGCACCUUCAUCUGGAUCCUUAAUGCAGAUCUCAAGGGCCGCCUGCCCCGGUACCUCAUCCACCAGAGCCUCGCAGCCACCAUGUUUGAAUUUGCCUUUCAUCUGCGGCAGCGCAUCGGAGAGCUGGGUGCACGGGCAUGAGCAUGCCCCCUCACCACCCUGCGGGCCAGGGUCCUGUCGCCAUGGCCUCCAGAGCCAGAGGACGGGCCGUUUGGGCUUCCCGCUGCCCACAGAGGACCUGGCCUCAAACAGUGGGGAGGAAGGAGCUUCCUCCCGCAGCAGCCCCUCAGCCCCAAGCUGCCACCCUCCACGCGCUUCACCGUGCCUGGGAGCCCUGGCCGUGGGCGGGUCGAGAGCUCAAGCAUCUGACUCUGCCGCUGAGGCCAGUGGGGUCCGUCCUGCCGACGUUUACAUGGUGUCCCUGCCUCCUGGAAGAGGAGGUCCGCUGUCCCCACCUGGCCAGGCCGGGGUCUGGAAUGGGAACCUCGGACUUGGUGGGGGAGGACCCCGGGCAGGACAGAAGUCAGGGCACCCUUGUCACCGGUGUGAAGGCGCUGGAGCCCCUUCAUCCACCUGCUCUCUCAUCAUGGUGUUUUAGGAUUAUUUAAAGGGUCUGGGACCUUUUUCCACUUGCACUUGGGAUGUAGGUGGCAGGUGGGAGUGGUGGGUGCUGGCAGGGAGCCUGCCUCUCCCAGGUUCUCUCCAGGUUGCCUCCCCCCCGCCCAGGGCCUCCUUGGGGACCUUUGUAAUUUGAGCCAAUUAAAAACAUGAACUCAAAAGAAAAAAAAAAAAAAAGCCGUCCUUCCAGCCUGGCCUCUUGAGGGAAGAGAAGGGCAGCACCGUGGAGGCGGGGAAGGAGCCACUGCUGCAGCCACCAACCGCAUCACACAGCCUCUCAGAGCCUCUCAGAGCCAGGAUGCAGCCAGUGGAGACCCAGUUCCUGGAACCCCCCCCACCCCAACUUUCUUGAAUGGUUCAGCUGGGCAGAUGACUGGUCAGAGAAAAAUUCCCCGCCUCCCUGUCGGGUCUCCUGUGAGGGAAGGUCAGGUUAAGGUCUCCAGCCCAGGAUUGGGAGGAGGGAGGUAGGGAGAGACCUGGCAGUACCCACAGCAGGCCUUGGUUGCCCCUGGGGUCCCAAGGCUGGGGUCUGGGGGGAGCCUGGACGUGGGGACUGGCCUUCCAGGUCACUGAUGCACCUCCGGGAUCCCGGCCUCUGGGCUCCACUUAACCUCCCGUCUCUGCCCCAUCACACUGGGGCCACUGGAAAACCUGCCCUCCUCCCUCCCUGCCUUCAGGCUUCCCGAGGAGCUGACUUGCUUAGAGCCGGGGUGGGGGCGGGGUCUCCUCUUGGUCCUGGCUAGGUGUGCGACCCUGGGCAAAUCUACCUCUCUGAGCCUCCAUUUCCUACUUUAUAAAAGCUUUUGUAAGGUUAACAGAUACCAAGAAUCAGGUGUAGUGCUCAGUAAUCAAGAGGAUGCAGUUCUGCCCCAGGUGGGUGCCCAGGGCCUUACCGCUAGGUUCUCAUCUCAGCUCCUGUCCCUGCCUCUCUUGGUGCCCUUUGCUUUGUCCGCUCAGUGACGCCCUCAUUCCUCCUCCCCCAUGCCCUCCACCCUGUGUGCCAGCUUCCAGCGGCACGUGCCGCUGCUCUCGGUGCUGGACUGUCCUGGCAGCCCUCCUACUGGCCUGCUCCCUGGGGAUGAGAGCCAGGUCCUGCCCAGUGGCACCCUGGAGCUGGCAGGACCCAGAACUCUUCUGGUAAGGUCAUUGUGAACAGAAAGGGGGCAAAAGGAGGCCCAGAGAGGGCUAGAAGCUGACCCAUAGUCACAUAGCCUAUUUAUGGCUGCUUUGGGGCUAGAGCCAGAUCUGGCUGCCACUCCCUGGAGCCCCUGGAGUCCCGUCUCACCCCACCUGAGGCGUUGGGGUAGAGCUGGGGCCACCUCCCACAUCUGCUCCCCCCACCCUACUGGCCCGACGGGAAAGGAAAACACCUGGCAAAGGUUGGCGUCCAGGAUCCCACGUGGGAAUUAACUUCCGUUGCCCCUGCUGGUGAGGUGGUGGUCGGGGGCCAGGCCUUCAGGUGCGGAUGCCCGAGGACGUGGCGGCACUGUCCCUUCUUGUUGAGGGGAUGGUCAGGGGAUAUGCCCUUGAGCCCAGGCAGUGGGGAAGGACACGAUGGCCUGGUACAGAGCCCAGAGGGGGCCUGGUUCCUGCUGUUCCUGCUCUGUUUACAGACAAGCCGCUGUCCUCCCUGGUUAGGGGAAGGGGUGGGGCAGAGGGCAAGUGCCAAGGUGGCACGAGGCUGGGCACGUGCCUGGUCCCAGACGGUGUCUGAGGAGUGUCAGACACCAGGAGGUGUCGCGCUGAGGACCCCCGCCCCCACGGGAGCAUCUUGAGCUCUUCAGAAGCUGACCUCUGACCUGGGGGCAGCCAGAGUCCGGGUACCCCAAGCCCCGCCCUGGGCCCAGAGUCCCCCAGCAGUG